UAUGGCGCAACUGUGAGCCCGAAACUACAAUUCCCAGCGUCGCUCUGGGGAAAAAAAAACAGAAAUCUGUGAGAAGAACCGGAUUAAAAAUUUGAACAACCAAGAGGAGCUUGUGAAUUUAAGCAAGUAAAGUGUUCUGGAAUAUGAGAUUAAAAUAUUAUUCUUCAUUUUAAACAAAGUAAAAUCCUAACCUUUGCCGGAAGUUGCGUAGAGCCCACCUGCUUUGUAUUUGUGUUUGAUAGGGAAUUGGACGGUUUGUUCAUCUUUGGCUUGGCGGUUUUUCACCGUCUUCUCGUUAGAAGGUGUUUUCACUGUUACGAAAAAGAAAGCAGCGCGCGAGAAAAUCAGCGCACAAUAAAAGGCAGUGCGUGCCCCGAGCAACCGCUCUCCCCCGGAUUUGGAAUGGCAUUGCUUUAACACGUGCCUGUGAGCAGCCGUUUGCAAGAUUGCUUUUCAAUUCUACACAUGUGAAGAACUACUUGCCAGAGAGUAAGUCCUUAUUGGGUAUUUUGUUCUGAUCUCUGAUUCACUCAGAUGGACCAGUCCCCUCAGUCCUACAUGCUUGCCAAUCUGACACAUCCGCAUUCUGAACAGUUGCUGCAGGGAUUGAAUCUUCUUCGACAACAUCGUGAACUUUGUGACAUUGUCCUCAGGGUUGGUGAUGUCAAGAUCCAUGCCCACAAGGUGGUGCUGGCUAGCAUCAGCCCAUACUUCAAAGCCAUGUUUACUGGAAACCUUUCAGAGAAUGAAAACUCUGAAGUUGAAUUUCAGUGCAUAGAUGAGACUGCUUUGCAGGCUAUUGUAGAGUAUGCAUACACAGGAACUAUAUUCAUUUCGCAAGAUACAGUAGAAUCUCUCCUGCCAGCUGCAAACUUGCUUCAAAUCAAACUAGUUCUAAAAGAAUGUUGUACAUUCCUUGAAAGUCAGCUUGAUCCUGGCAAUUGCAUUGGUAUUUCUCGGUUUGCUGAAACGUAUGGUUGUCAUGACUUGUACCUUGCUGCCAACAAGUACAUUUGUCAGAAUUUUGAAGAUGUAUGCAAGACUGAAGAAUUUUUUGAGUUGAACCACACAGAGUUGGAUGAAAUAAUCUCAAAUGACUGCCUGAAUGUUGUGACGGAGGAAUCUGUUUUUUAUGCAUUAGAGUCAUGGAUUAAAUAUGAUGUGCAAGAAAGACAAAAAUACCUAGCACAGUUGUUGCACUGUGUUCGACUGCCAUUAUUAAGUGUAAAAUUUCUGACAAGAUUAUAUGAAGCAAAUCAGCUAAUUCGUGAUGAGCAUACCUGCAAGCACCUUCUAAAUGAAGCCCUUAAAUAUCAUUUUAUGCCAGAGCACAGAUUUUCCCAUCAGACUGAGUUAUUGACACGACCACGUUGUGCCCCCAAAGUACUUUGUGCUGUUGGUGGAAAAACUGGAUUGUUCGCAACAUUAGACAGUGUGGAAAUGUAUUUCCCUCAGACAGACUCCUGGACAGGUCUGGCACCACUCAGUAGCCCACGUUAUGAGUGCGGAGUUGCUGUUGUUGAUCAAAAACUUUAUGUGGUAGGAGGAAUUGCAACCCAUAUUCAACAAGGAAUCAAUUAUCGAAAGCAUGAGAAUUUGGUGGAAGGUUGGAAUCCAGAGACCAACAAAUGGACAUCAGUAGAACGAAUGAAUGAAUGCCGAAGCACUCUUGGAGUGUCUGUUUUAGCCGGUGAACUCUAUGCAUUAGGUGGUUAUGAUGGAGAAAAUUAUUUGCAGUCUGUGGAAAAAUACAUUCCUAAAAUCAAAAAAUGGCAGCCUGUUGCACCUAUGUUGAAAAGCCGAAGUUGUUUUGCAGCUGCAGUUUUGGAUGGAAUGAUAUAUGCUAUAGGAGGAUAUGGUCCUGCCCACAUGAACAGUGUGGAGCGUUAUGAUCCAAGCAAAGAUUCCUGGGAGAUGGUAGCUCCAAUGGCUGAUAAAAGAAUUAACUUUGGCGUUGGUGCAAUGCUUGGAUUCAUCUUUGUUGUUGGUGGACACAAUGGUGUAUCACACUUGCAAAGUGUUGAGAGAUAUGAACCCCAUCAAAAUCAGUGGACUUUGUGUAGACCAAUGAAUGAUCCAAGAACAGGAGUUGGUGCGGCCAUUGUAGAUAAUUACCUCUAUGUGGUGGGAGGUCAUUCAGGGUCAUCGUACCUGAACAUGGUACAGAGGUAUGACCCAACCCUGGAUACUUGGUCAGAUUCUACUGGUAUGUUAUCAUGUCGGUGCAACUUUGGGCUGGCUGCAUUUUGAUCGUGCUUUGACUUAUGA